UCCAAUAUCUGUCGUUUUCCAGUAUCGUUUGUUUUCCUUCGUCAAAAUGCCUUUGAGACUUCGAAAGCAUGACCACUCACCUAUUCUUGAUCCUGAACCUCUCGUCCCAGCCAAACGUAGGUGGCGGAUGGCUUUCACAGUCAUUUAUUUUUCAAGGUUGCUUCUUUCCUUGUCCAAGAAAGUUUUGUACGAACAAACCAAGCUCUUGCGUUCACUUUCCUAUGUUGCCAUCCAAGUCGAUGAUGAUAACCCCAGUAGGGACCAUGCGUCUUUGGUCAAUAUUGAUCAGAAUACACUCUCUCGGAUGCUAAAAGAGAAGAACCACCACUCCUUGAACCAACUAGGAGGACUUAUGCAGGUUGCUGCAAUUCUUCAGAGCGAUGUGAAGAAAGGUGUCAGCGGUAGUGAAGCUGAUCUUGCACAUAGGAGAGAUGUUUUUGGUGCAAAUAAGUACAAGAAGCCACCUGCAAAAAAAUUUCUCAGCUACGUACUUGAAGCACUUAAGGACACGACCAUUAUCAUUCUUUUGGCCUGUGCUAUUCUGUCUCUGGCUUUCGGCAUUAAACAGCAUGGCCCAAAAGAUGGUUGGUAUGAUGGAGGAAGCAUUAUUGUUGCUAUCUUUCUUGUCGUGGUCAUCUCAGCUGUGAGCAACUUCAAGCAAUCCAGGCAAUUUCUUAAACUUUCUGAUGAAAGCAGUGACAUAAGGGUGCAAGUAGUGAGAGAUGGAAGGCACCAGAAUAUAUCUAUUUUUGAUGUUGUGGUGGGCGAUCUGGUGUCUCUAAAGAUAGGGGAUCAAAUACCAGCUGAUGGGUUGUUCUCGGAUGGUUAUUCUUUAAAGGUAGAUGAAUCUAGCAUGACAGGUGAAAGCGACCACGUUGAGGUAAACGGCGCCACAAAUCCAUUCCUGCUCUCUGGUACCAAGGUGACUGAUGGCUUUGGUUUCAUGCUUGUUACAUCCGUUGGAAUGAAUACAGCUUGGGGUGAGAUGAUGAGUUCUAUAAGCCGCAAUUUGGAUGAGCAGACCCCAUUGCAAGCACGACUCAACAAACUGACAUCUUACAUCGGAAAAGUUGGAUUGGCAGUGGCCAUCCUGGUUCUUGCUGUUUUGACAAUCCGUUACUUCACAGGAAACACUAGAGAUGAUCAUGGACGUCCAGAAUAUAAUGGAAGUAAGACAAAGGUCAAUGAUGUGCUGAAUUCAGUGGUCGAUAUUAUUGCAGCAGCAGUGACUAUUGUAGUGGUAGCAAUUCCAGAAGGUCUACCCCUGGCCGUAACCCUAACACUUGCUUACUCUAUGAAGCAAAUGAUGGCAGACAAUGCAUUGGUGCGCAAACUCUCAGCAUGUGAAACAAUGGGUUCAGCCACAACAAUCUGCACCGACAAGACAGGCACUCUCACUAUGAACCAGAUGCAAGUUUCAGAGUUUUGGCUUGGAAAAGAGCUAACUGAGCAUAGUGUUUCAACGGAAAUAGAACCAGAGUUCUCUUUGUUACUAGAAGAAGGUAUUGCUUUAAAUACAGCAGCCACUGUUAACAAACCACAUCCUACAUCAACCCCUGAAAUAUCUGGCAGUCCAACUGAGAAGGCAAUACUCUCUUGGGCUGUCCUAGAUUUGGGAUUGAAUAUCUACGAAACAAAGCAAAAGUGUGAAAUAAUGAAUGUAGAAACAUUCAAUUCAGAGAAAAAGAGAAGUGGGGUGAUGAUGAGGAAAAGCAAUGAGCAAGCUAUUCACACACACUGGAAGGGAGGAGCUGAGAUGAUAUUAGCAAUGUGUACAACUUAUUAUGUCAAAAGCGGGGAACUCAUAGACAUAAAUGAGGAAGAAAGAAUGCAAUUUAGGGCAAUAAUUCAUAGUAUGGCAGCCAAAAGCCUGAGAUGCAUUGCCUUUGCCCACAAAAAAGUUAUAGAAGAAAACAGGCUAAUCUCUGAGAAGCUUGAAGAAACUGGAUUCACCUUGUUAGGGCUUGUGGGAUUGAAGGACCCAUGUAGACCAGGGGUUAGAACAGCUGUAGAAUCAUGUAAGAAAGCAAAAGUGAGUGUUAAAAUGAUCACUGGUGACAAUCCACACACAGCAAGAGCUAUAGCUAUUGAAUGUGGAAUUCUUAAUCCUCAAGACGACAUGGACAACAAAGCAGUAGUAGAAGGUGUUGAAUUCAGAAAUUACUCACCUGAAGAGAGAAUGGCAAGGAUAGAAGAUAUCAGAGUAAUGGCAAGAUCAUCCCCAUUUGACAAGCUUCUGAUGGUACAAUGCUUGAAAGAGAAAGGUCAUGUAGUAGCAGUCACCGGUGAUGGCACGAAUGAUGCCCCUGCCCUUAAGGAAGCAGACAUCGGGCUUUCCAUGGGAAUUCAAGGGACAGAGGUGGCAAAAGAAAGCUCAGACAUAAUCAUCUUGGAUGAUAAUUUCACCUCUGUGGUGACAGUUUUGAGGUGGGGGAGGUGUGUCUACAACAACAUUCAGAAGUUCAUCCAAUUUCAGCUCACUGUUAAUGUUGCUGCUCUUGUCAUCAACUUUGUUGCAGCCAUCUCUUCUGGUAAAGUCCCCCUUACUGCAGUUCAGCUACUGUGGGUGAACCUCAUCAUGGACACCAUGGGGGCGCUAGCAUUGGCGACUGAGCAGCCCACUGAUGAGCUCAUGACAAAGUCUCCAGCAGGUAGAUCUGAGCCACUUAUUACCAAAAUCAUGUGGAGGAACCUUAUUGCUCAGGCCUUGUAUCAGUUAGUCGUCUUACUGAUUCUACAAUUUAAGGGCAAGUACAUCUUUGCUGUGGAUGAAAAGGUCAAGAGUACCCUCAUCUUCAACACUUUCGUCCUCUGCCAAGUAUUUAAUGAAUUCAAUGCAAGGAAGUUGGAGAAGAGGAACAUAUUCAAAGGCAUACAUAAGAACAAGUUGUUCCUAGCAAUCAUCGGAAUUACCAUAGUGCUUCAAGUGAUGAUGGUAGAGCUUCUGAAGAGGUUUGCUAGUACUGAGAGGCUGAGUUGGGAGCAAUGGGGAGCUUGCAUUGGCAUUGCAGCUGUAUCUUGGCCAAUUGGUUUUGCUGUGAAAUGCAUUCCGGUUUCUGGCAAAGAAGCUUCCAAGCAAAGAGCUUCUGGAAUAUGAAAAAAAGGCACAGAUCAGUUCUAGCACAAGUGCAUACAUAGGCAUUUUAGGUCUAAAUCUAGUGUUUAACGUUCAUUACUGUCAUUGUCAUUAGCUGUGAUUCAAAUUUGAGGAACUAUUGAAUCUAUUUACCAGUUAUUACAUCUUUACGUUAUGAAAGAGAAACUACAAUAUUUCCAUUUUCUAUGCUUAUUUCGCUUUCAUCUCUUGUUGCUUUACUUUCUGUGCAACGCAGAAAAAGAAAGAUGACCCAGAAAAAGAAAAAGAAAAAAAAAAAACACUCAAUGAUGAACUUUGCAAGAUAAAGUCUUGAAGGGAUUUCUUAUAUUUUCCUUUUCUUUUCUCCGUCUAUAAAUUAAAGUAUGGGAAUUUCCAAUA